AAGUUGGUAGCUUUGGGACUCAUUAGGACAACAGCUGCUGCUGGGAUCCCAAAUCCUGAAAUGGAGCCAUUGAUCUGUAUUGCCUUCUCUAUUCUUUUGCUCUCUUCAGCUUGCCAGAACGCAUUUUCACAAGAGAUGGAAGUAGGAUCUACCAAUUUUUCAUGUUCUCAUCCUGAAUUCUGCUCCGAAGCAAACACCUGUUGCCAGAUUGGCAUGGAUGGGUACGGCUGGAUUGCUGCAGCGGUUGGCUGGAGUCUCUGGUUUCUCACCCUUAUCAUCCUCUGCAUUGAUAAAAUGACCAAGCUCAGGCCUGAUGAAUCCAAAUAUUAGGAAGCACGAUGCUAAGAAAACCAACCCACAUUUCUGCUUCUUGAUGCCUUUCAUGAAGCAGUUGGAGAAAAUAACCUAGACUACUCAACUGCUGAAGUGUAGAAUAAGGACAUUGGUGGUUUCUACCAAAAUGACCCAAGAAUGAUGCCCACAAAGAGGAUUAUGGUUUUAAUCCUGCUCUCCAUUUGGCAACAAUGGACAAGAGAACCUCUGCCCUGGUUUGCAGAAAUACUUGCAGUCCUAUGAAGCAAGAAUGUGCACUUCCUUUGGAUUCUUUUCUUCUGGCUGUGAAUGGAACAGCUAUCACUGACAGUUUCAUUUAUCCUCUUUCUUAAGUGGCUUAAGAGUCAGCUAGCUGACAUUUCCUUCUGCUGACACAGAUGGUGAUAAUUUGUCAGGGUCACGACUGGAAUCAAAGCUUGUAGCUUUUUAGUUUUUGUUUUCUUUUUCCCUUUCUUGAAUCUGAGCCAGGAAUGAUGUCAACUAGUCAGAGCUUGCUGGGGAACCCAAUGUUUUCAGUCCUGGGGAAUAUCAACAAUGUAGUAUAGCCAACACUGAAACAAGGUGCUUGCAAAACAACCAAAUUGUGUUUCUAUUCUCUUCCUCCUCAUUUCUCAAUGGCCCUACUGAGUGUUGUUUAAUAACCCCUGGAUCUUUCCAUUAUGUUGUGAAAACUGUGAUGUACG